AUGCAACAGGAUGGUAAGAGGAAUAGCAAUGAUGGACAGCAGCAACCAGGUAGUCGUCAUUUUAGUCAGCAAGGUGGUUACCCAUCGCAGCCAGAUGGCUAUUCGGGUCAACAAGGAGGUUAUCCCAGCCAGCAGGAAGACUACCCACGUCAGCAAGGAGGUUAUCCUGACCAACAAGUAGGUUACCCAGGACAACAAGGAGUUUAUCCAGGACAGCAAGGAGGUCACCCCGGUCAGCAAAGAGGUUAUCCUGCUCAGCAAGGAGGUUAUCCGGGUCAACAAGGGGGGUACCCAAGUCAGCAGGGAGGUUAUUCAGGUCAACAAGGUUACCCGGCACAACUUGCUUAUCCAGUCGCACCUAGCGGUUAUCCGUAUCAAGCAUCUGAACCAGGUUGGAUGAUAAGUGGCAUGAGCGGCAGUUAUGGACCAUCUGGUCCUGAUAUGCAAGGAAUACCAUCGUUACGUCCGUAUCAGGCUUUUAAUCCGAAUGCUGAUGCUGAAACGUUGCGUAAAGCAAUGAAAGGCUUAGGUUGUGACAAAAAUAAAGUUAUUACUGUGCUAUGUGGCAGAGUUAAUUCCCAGCGUCAACAAAUUGCGGCAGCCUAUAAAACAAUGUACGGUAAAGAUCUAAUAAAUGAUUUGAAAAGUGAGCUAUCAGGUGAUUUUGAAGAUUUGAUAUUGGCACUAAUGGAACCACCAGCACGAUACGAUGCGCAACAACUUCAUAAAGCUAUGCAAGGUUUGGGUACAAAAGAAUCAGUGCUGAUUGAAAUUAUGUGUUCACGGACAAAUGCGCAAAUUAUUGAAUUACGUAACGUUUACCAGCAAAUGUAUAAUUCAACGUUGGAGAAAGAUUUAAUUAGUGAAACAAGUGGACAUUUUAAGCGUUUACUUGUAUCGUUAUGCAAUGGAGGACGUGAUGAAAGUAUGCAGACUGAUACGUUACGUGCUAAUCAGGAUGCUAAAAAAUUAUACAAAGCUGGCGAGCAACGUCUUGGUACCGAUGAAUCAUGUUUCAAUGCUAUUUUAGCUUCGCAAAAUUACAUGCAACUAAAACUUGUCUUCCUAGAAUAUCAAAAGAUAACAAAUCAUACGAUUGAGAAAGCUAUUGAAUCCGAAUUUAGCGGUGAUGUCAAGGAUGGCUUACUAGCUGUUGUUGCAUGUGCACAGAAUAAACCUGCUUAUUUUGCUACCUUACUCUACAAUAGUAUGGUGGGAUUUGGUACACGUGACAAUGAUUUAAUCCGUGUUAUUGUUACACGCUCCGAGAUUGAUCUGGCCGAUGUGAGACAAGCAUUCGAACGAAAGUACAAUAAAACUUUGGAAUCCUUUAUUAAGGGUGAUUGUUCGGGAGCAUACAAAGAUGGUCUGAUUGCACUCGUUCGCGGCAAUUAGUUCAGUCUAAAUUUAAAUUUGAAUUUUCUCCUUAUUUACUGAAAGCGCCAGUCAAGUUCCACCAUCUUGUGACUACAAAAAUUUUUACAAAUUGCAAUUUUGACUUUUUUGUUUUUUAUUAAUAAAACUUCGC